UGCCUAACAACUCUUAUUUAGCCGUAUUUUUUCUAUCAGCCAAAAAUAUUUUUCUCUCAUAUUAAAAUAGCCAACAAUAAUUUCAUUUUCAAACCACCAAACAGCCCCGAUUCGUCACCAAUGACGUCAAGCGAAGGUGCAGGCGCUUCAUUGUUGCCACGCACGCAGCAUGACGCAUGUGUACCAAAACUACCAUCGUCCAAUAAUUCAUUCGAUCAUCGAUCAACACGAAACAUCCUGUAUGCUGUAUCCCCAACUUGUUUUUGCCCAUCCAUCCACCAGUAGUCCAGUACAUGCUCAGUAGCGCUCACCGUCACCGAGCGUACACCAGCGCACAGCAGGCAGUAGCGAUGGCCGGCGUCCAAGAAGCUCGCGACGGCGACGUCCACGGCAGCAGGGGUCCUCAUCUGCAGCCGCGUAGUGCAGCACGCGUGCUGGUGUUCCCGCUGCCGUUCCAGGGCCACAUCGACCCGAUGCUGCACCUGGCGGGGGUGCUCCACUCCCGGGGCCUCGCCGUCACCGUGCUGCACACGCGCUUCAACGCGCUGGACCCGGCGCGGUACCCGGAGUUCCAGUUCGUGGCCGUCGCCGACGGCACGCCCGCCGACGUCGUCGCCACGGGGAGGAUCAUCGACAUCAUCCUCGCCAUGAACGCCGCCAUGGAGGCGUCGUCCGCCGUCGAGGAAGCGCUGGCGUCCGCCGUGCUCGCGGACGAGUCCCACUCCUCCUCCCACCCCCGCGCCGCGUGCCUCUUCAUCGACGCCAACCUCCUCGCCGUGCACAUGGCGGCCAGGAAGAUCGGGCUGCCCACGCUGGUCCUGCGCACCGGCAGCGCCGCCUGCUUCGGCUGCUUCCUGGCGUACCCCAUGCUGCACGACAAGGGCUACCUGCCGCCGCGAGAGUCGGAGGUGUGCACGCCGGUGCCGGAGCUGCCGCCUCUGCGAGUGAAGGACCUCGUCUACUCAAAGCACAGCGACCACGAGCUGGUCCGCAGAGUCCUCGCCCGGGCCAGCGAGACAGUGAGAGGUUGCUCCGGCCUCGUCAUCAACACGUUCGAGGCACUGGAGGCGGCCGAGAUCGGGAGGCUCCGCGACGAGCUCGCCGCCGACGACCUCCCGGUGAUCCUCGCCGCCGGCCCACUCCACAAGCUCUCCUCCAACAACUCCUCCAGGAGCAGCUUGCUCGCCCCUGACCGCAGCUGCAUCGAGUGGCUGGACGCGCAGCGGUCCCGGUCAGUGCUGUACGUGAGCUUCGGGAGCAUGGCGGCCAUGGACUGGAGCGAGUUCUUGGAGGUGGCCUGGGGUCUGGCGGAGAGCGGCCACCCCUUCCUCUGGGUCGUCCGACCCAACCAGGUACGAGGCUGUGACGGCGGCGACAGCGUGCGGCGGCGGCUGCCGGAUGGCGUCGAGGACGCCGUCAAGGCCGGCAGAGGCAUGGUGGUCCGGUGGGCGCCGCAGCAGGAGGUGCUGGGCCACCGCGCGGUGGGCGGGUUCUGGAGCCACUGCGGGUGGAACUCGACGCUGGAGGCGAUCAGCGAGGGGGUCCCGAUGAUCUGCCGGCCGGACGCCGUGGACCAGAUGAUGAACACGAGGGUGAACUUCUAUCUCCGUGCGAUGGCGAGCGAAGGCUCAAGCUACGAGAACCAAUACUUCAACUUAACGCCGCUACUGGAUAAUCUCAUGGCGACGAUGCCAGAUGAUCCAACCUAUAACAUGGCGGCGUCGACCGUUUCGACGAUCCCGUCGACGAAUGUCGGCGACGGCUACAAUUUCGGCAACGUUCACUACAAGAAAUGUGUCAUCUUAUGACGAUUAUAGCAUGACAUGUGAUUAAAAUGUCACUAAAUCGAUCAGUUUAUGACGUUCCUUUGAAAGCCAUCUCAAACUUAAUGACAUAAAUGAUUUUAUGUCACAAAAAGUGUCUUCAAUGUAGUCAAUGUCCAUAUCAUGACAAUCUUUACCAUGUUAUAAUGGUAAAAUCAUUAUUGUCAUAAAUCUAAGACACGGAUAGAGUGUAA